AUGUCGGAAGAUUUCGUGAUUGCACUAAAGGGGCUCACUGAUGAACAGUAUUACGAGUGGGCGCUGGUUAGACUGCUCUUGGAUGAUGGAUAUCCUUCUAGUGAAAUUCCAUUCAUGAUAGAGUCUUGUAAGCUCACUGAUAUGGCGUUGAUUAAUGAAAACCUGGCAAAAUACUAUGCUAUUGAUAGUGAUCAUAGUUUACUGAUUGGAAAAUACCAGUGCGGUGCAACUGGCGAAUGUGGCGUAUUUGUCUACCCUAGUCAAAAUGCAAUAGAAAUACGUUUAGCACAAGUACGAGGAUACUACAGUAAAGAGCAGUUACAUCGUUGGAAUAUGAAAAUGGCUGUCAUGAGUGAUAAAUGUUCUAAUUUCUUUAUGAGAGCAGGAUUCAGAGAACCUUUAUUUAAUGUAGUAUCUUAUGGCGACAUAUUCUAUACUCUCAAUGUCUUAUUGCGUCCAAAUGGACGAUGGGAUGGUAAGAUUAUUUUGAACAGUAUACCUAAAAUGAUUGCGUUCUUUUCAGAAUACUUUGAUGAAUUUGAUAGAAUACUAGAUGGUAAUGUUUACGAUAUUCGUGGACCUGAGAUGGUGUCUGAUGACGAAUAUAAUCUCCUGGGUAAGCCAACACAGCUUGGUGACAUGAAAUUAUAUCAUGCAAUGGAUUUGCAUCGUAUUCCUCUUAAUACUACAGUUAUGAUAUGGCCUAAAAGUGAAAGUGGUCGUACAACAAGGUACGAAGAAGAAUCAGAUGUGUUUAUCACACAGGAAAUGCUUAAUGCUGCUGCUAGAAAAAACACUGCAACUAAGCCCCGUAAUAAUUACCACGAUGAUGAUGACGAUGAUAUGCCAUGGACACGUGGUUUCGACCCUGAUGUAGCCGGCUCUGGUGACGACGACGAUUGGGACAACUACUAUAGACACUACGAUGAUUGA